AUGCCUUCCAAGACUAUCGCCGCAGCCCUCCUCCUCUGCCUCCUCUCCCCACUCGUGGCUGGCCACGCUGCCAUUGUCAGGGCGACUGGCGAUGCAGGUGGACAGGGUAUGGCCCUAGGCAUCGACACCGCAACACCUCGUGACGGAACCCGCCGGAACCCGUUCCAGCAGGACUCGACACGCUUCAAGGGCCAGGCCGCCGACACCGUGGGCGAGACCCUUGCCGGCGGUGACAACGACGUCGAGGCCGGAACGACCGCCAUCAUGGGCGAAACGGGCGAGGCCCUGCCGCAGGUGACUCAGGGCGGCGAGGUCCAGAUGACCCUGCACCAGGUCAACGGCGACGGUGGUGGCCCAUACAUCAGGGUCACGGACAUGCCACCGGGAGAGAACUCUCGCAGCCGUGACACGCAGACAUCCGAGCAGGCCUUGACGGCGGCGGUACCGGCCAACCAGGCCUGCACGGGCACCGUCGCUGGCCAGGACAAUGUCUGUCUCGUGCGAUGCAUGAACGACGCCAAUGCCGGUCCGUUCGGCGGUGUCGUCCCGGUCCAGAUGGUCCAGGCCGCUACGGCCGGUAACGCGACCGCCGGAGCUGCCCCGCCCGCGGCUGCAAAGGCUGAGGCGAGGCGCAGCUUUGCCAGAUACGUCGCCGCCAGGGAGAAGGAGCUCCAGAAGCUCAAGAAGCGGUCCUACUGA